AUGGCUGUCCUGAGGCAUGAUGAGACUGGCCUGAGUCAGCAAGAUGUUGAAUAUGUCCAUCAGAACCUCAAACAGCUGGGUGAACCAGGGCCAAUGGGAUUGCCAGGCUUUGAAGGACUGCCAGGAGCUAAAGGGAAACCUGGUGCUCGUGGUGAGCCAGGAAUCCCAGGAGAACCUGGAAUACGAGGGCCUGUGGGAGAGACAGGAUUCCCUGGACCUGAAGGACCUCCAGGUGUACCUGGUAGACCUGGAAAGGAUGGAAUUCCUGGAUCUGUGGGGCCAGCUGGCAGGCCUGGUGAUAGAGGUUCCAAAGGAGAGCGGGGUGACUCUGGGAUCCCUGGAGAAAGAGGUGUUCAGGGAGAGAGGGGACGAGCUGGAGAAAGAGGGCCUCCGGGGACACAAGGCCUACCAGGGGAGAAAGGCUAUCCUGGCCCACCUGGUCCUGUAGGAUCACUGCUGAAUGAUUACAACUCCAUGAAGGAAAUUAAGAUGUUCAUCCAAAAUGAAGUAUUGCGUAUGUUUGAAGAAAAGUUAUCAAGUUACACCCUGCUGGAGAAGCUGCCUACAGCAAUAAUGGCUGCAAAUGGUCGCCAAGGCCCCCCAGGGCCCCCUGGGAAUGAUGGGUCCCCAGGUCCUCCUGGAAAGCCAGGACCUCCAGGUCCUCAAGGUCCACCUGGGAUAGGACUCCCAGGACCUCAGGGCCCACAUGGAAGAUGCAAACCAGAUGACUGCACCCAUGCUUUGCCCCACACCAGCUAG